AUGUUUUUAAAAUGGCAAUGGAAAGAGCGUGUAGUUGGUUGCAAAGAGUGGCGUAGUGGUGGUGGUGGUGGAUGGGUAGAUCAAGACGAGAGUCGUGAUAGUAUCUACUAUAUACUUAGUAGAUCUCUCAAAUAUUAUCGUAUGAUCGAUUGA